AUGUACUCUAUGCGCCCGAAGACGUGCGAGUCUGGCUAUCCUUCGCACGACCGCGCCCUCAAGAGCCCGCCACCUCCCUACUCUCGUUCGCCCGUCAGCAAACCCCACAGAGACCGUCACGAGCCGGCGACCAGCGCGGUCUCUACCAAAAUUUACCCGCCUCAGAGUUACAUUGCAAUCUCAACCCAAGCCGUGUACUCGGGACAAACACCCAUGCUCGCGCGGAUAGCACUGACGGACUACUGGGGUACCGUCUUACUCGAUACAUUCGUUCAACCUACUCAGGUCGUCACUCACUACGGGACGCUCGCUCAUCAGUAUCAUCAGCAACUUCACGUCGCGCCUACGAUAGACGCCGUUCGACAGCAAGUUGCGGCACACAUCCACCAAAACCGGAUACUCGUCGGAUAUGCUAUUUGGAGCUCUCUUGCCGCACUGAAUUUAUCCCACCCCGCCAUUUCGACGCGCGAUUGCGCUGUCUUUGAGCCAUUCCUUCAUCACCUUCGGACAACACAGAUGCCGCCGCUUUCCAUCCUCGCCAACCGCUUUCUCGGUCGGAGUCUUGGCCUUAUCGAGCCCGAGCAUCCUGUUGAGUCCGCACGGGCGGCGCUUGACCUAUUUCGCUCGACUGAACAGCGUUGGGAAGAUCUCAUCGAUCAAGGGCGUUGGCCGUGCAGUCUUCCCCCGCAGAUAUACGGCGUCUAUUUCACUUGA